AUGGCACAUCCCAUGACCACCAGGUGGUUCAGGUCCGCCUCUCGGAAUUCUGCACUGGCGUCUCGAUCCAUACUUUCAGGCUUCAGUGAGAUUCCUUUCCAUCGUCUGUCGUCGGUUCUAGUACAGAUUUUUGUUUCUUCGGGGAAUCAGCCUUCAAUUGCUAUAGAGAAGAAGAAAAUUGUGCCUGUUCGAUUCCGUUCUCGUGAGACAGGGAAUCGGAUUUCAGUCGCCAAUGAGAAGAAUAUAGAAGUUGUGGAUGUUCCUUCUCUUUUUGCAAACGGGAAUAAGGACUGUGAUGAUGUGAUGGAUGAGGUUAGGAGAAUCACUGAAUCCAAAAAUUCAACCAAACAGCUCAAGCUAGAUCAAUUGGUGCAUCUUGUCUGCAAGCUAAAUGGUACAGUGCAGAAACUCAAGUCCGAGAAUGAUGAGGUAAAGUUUAAGAUGGAUAAGGUGAAUGAUCUAUUAGGCAAAAGAGGGGUAGACGCUGCAAGUCUAAUCUGCUUCAACAUGGACUUAAGGACUGCUGAUAUGAAUUUUGAGGCAAAGGUAGCAGAUUUACCUCGACGCGGAAGCUAUGAAUUUCCCAGAACUUGA